AGACCCACGUGACCCAGUGAAGGGCAGCAGACAGAAGGGUAAAGUCAGCGGGUGAAGGCUGCGCUUCGGUGCCUUUGCUUCCAAUAAGGAGGGCAGGAGCGAAAGUUAACAACUUGGUUUGAACUCCCAAAUGGUGAUGCUCCACUAACCUAGUUUGCAUGUCAGACAUCGGAGUCUGCAGCCGCUUACAAUGUCGUUGACACUGCCACCUAGUUCUGUCGUCUGCUGCCCGGUCUGCAAGGCGAGCCAUCUACCACCUGUAGGGAGAGAUCUGAAAAAUGGUGUCUAUGCUGCCACCUGUGAAAAAUGCGGCUUCUUCUUUAAGUUUCGUGCCAGGGAACCUACCAACAGUUCCGUCACCUUCACCAUAAAUGGAAAUCAAUACACAGUUGGAAAUGACUAUAGUCCUGCAACCUCCCUCAAUGAAUACCUUCGAUCAUCUGGGAUAUCAACUGGCACCAAGCAGAUGUGCAUUGAAGGAGGCUGUGGUGUCUGUCUUGUGGCAGUUAGUUUGUUCAACCCCAUCAGCAAGUCAGUGCAGGUCUACACUGUGAACUCUUGCCUUGUCCAGCUGUACAUGUGUGAUGGAUGGGAAAUCACCACUAUUGAAGGACUUGGCAACCCUAGAGAUGGAUUACAUCCCAUACAAGAACGUCUAGCAACAUAUAAUGGUUCUCAAUGUGGUUUUUGUAGCCCUGCCCAGGUUAUGAAUAUGUAUGGGCUUUUAAAGAGAAAUCCACAUCCAACAAUGAAACUAGUGGAGGACAACUUUGAUUGCACAAUUUGCCGUUGCACAGGAUACAGGUCUAUUCUGGACGCAAUGAAAUCUUUUUGUAUUGAUGCUAAACCAUCUCCAUCAGGAGGCCCUGUAGAUAUUGAGGAUCUGGAUGCAAAGAUUUGCAAGAAGACUGGUGUGCCGUGCUCUGGCAGCUGUCAAAAGUCAAAAUCUUCCAUUAUCUCAGAAUGGAAUGGUUAUAACAGUGAUGCUCCCAUCCACAUUGUCAGUGACAGGGCUCAGUGGUUUAAACCUGUAGACACCUCUACCUUGUACUCAUUGCUCAACCAGUAUCGUACUGCAAACUAUCGACUGGUGUUUGGCAACACUGGCUUUGGUGUCUACAAGGAUAUUGGACCAUGGCUGUAUGAUGUCCUGAUUGAUUUAAGGGGCAUAAGUACAUUUUAUUCUGUGCAGAUGGAAGAGACAGUGAAGAUUGGAGCCAAUGUCAGCUUGACUAAUUUACUGGAACUGUUUGAGACAGUACAAGAAGACUCAUUGCCAUACUUUCCUGCGUUUGCUUUGCACUUGCGCCAGGUGGCCACAAACACCAUCAGGAAUAGUGGUAGUUGGGCUGGCAGUCUCAUGCUGAAACACAUACACCCUGAUUUUGUAUCUGAUAUUUUCACCAUACUGGAAACAGUUGGAACACAGAUUGUGAUUGCUGAUGCAGACUCUCAAGAAGGAAUUUAUAGUCUGACUGACUUUCUCAACCUAGACAUGCGAGGCAAAGUUAUCACUGCAGCCAUCUUACCUCGCUACACAGAUAUAAAUGUGCACAUUAGCACUUUCCGUGUUUCUCAGAGAUUGCAGAAUUGUCAUGGGUAUGUGACCUCUGGCUUCAACAUGACCAUAGACCCUAACAAGAACUACACGGUGACAUCUCGCCCAACCCUGGUUUUUCAAGGCAUCAACAGCAAACUGAAUCAUGCCACAAAUACGGAAGAGUUUCUCGAAGGAAAAGAGCUCGGAAAUCCACAAGUUUUAAAAGAUGCUCUGCAAUGUCUUGGUCAAGAACUUAACCCUGACAGUAGUCCUGUAUUGGCCAGUCCUCAAUAUCGUCGCACACUGGCACAAGCACUGUUCUACAGAUUUGUCUUGAACGAAUGCCCCAAUGUUGUGGAUCAACGGUUUAAGAGUGGUGCAACUUUCUUGGAGCGGCCAGUGUCAUCCGCAGUUCAGACCUAUGACACACACAAAGAGGAGUGGCCUGUUACAGAACCCAUGACAAAGAGAGAAGCUGUGUAUCAGACUUCUGGUGUAACUCGCUUUCUGGAUGACCAGAGGCCAGCUCAAAGUGAGCUGUAUGCAGCUUUUGUUCUGAGCACAGUGGGCAAUGCAGUCAUCGACACUGUUGAUGCAUCACAAGCCCUUCAACUGCCAGGUGUAUACAGAUACAUUCAAGCUACAGACUUUCCAGCAGGGGGAGAGAACAAUUUCAUGCCUCAAAGUCAGUACUCCAUGCCAGAGGAGAUCUUUAGCAGUGGUAAAAUUCUGUUUGCUGGCCAGCCUAUAGGACUCAUUGUAGCUGACGACACCAUGACAGCAGAAACUGCAGCAUCCCUUGUUAAGGUCACAUACAAAGAUGUCCAACCUCCCCUGCUGAAUCUUGACGAAGCUAUCAAACAAAAGUCCUUCUUUCCUGGUGCACCUAACCCUCUUAUUGUGGGAGAUCCAGAUGCUGCUAUUAAGGGAUCCCCCAGGCGCAUAUCAGGCAGUAUUGAGUGUGGCACACAAUAUCAUUUUCAGCUUGAAACACAAAUUGCAAGGUGUUGCCUCAAUGACUCAGGUGGCAUUGAAGUUGAAGCAUCCACUCAGUGGAUUGAUGGAACUUGUGAAAUUGUGGCCAAGGUUCUGAACAUACCCCAGAGCAGUGUGAUGGUGGAAGUAAAGCGUCUGGGAGGAGCAUUUGGAUCCAAAAUUUCUCGAAAUUUCCAAGUGUCAGGAGCUUGUGCUUUGGCAGCAUACAUCAUGCAACAACCAGUUCGCCUUCGAAUGGGUUUUCAUGACAACAUGAAAGCAAUUGGAAAGCGGUUUCCUUUCCAUGCAGACUAUGAAGUGGGGUUCACAGAGGACGGCUUGCUGAAUGGCAUCAAGAUUUUUUUCUAUGCUGAUUGUGGGUCUUCCCCAAAUGAAAACUCAGUCAUCAAUAUGUAUAUCUGGAUGGACAAUGCUUACCAUUGUGACAACUGGAAUUUCACCCCAGCUUUAGUGAAAACCAACAAACCAUCCAAUGCUUAUUGCCGUUCUCCUGGUUCUGUACCAGCCCAGUUCAUUAUGGAAUCAAUCAUGGAGCAUGUCGCCAAGACUAUCAAUAAAGACCCCAGUGAAGUCCGCAAGCUCAAUCUGUAUCAGAAAGGGCAGACAUCUGCUGGUGGCAUGAAACUAGACUACUGUAUUAUCAGGGAUCUUGUGGCACAACUUGAGGCAUCAUCUGACUUGGCUGUUCGUAAAAAGACAGUAGAGGACUACAAUAAGGCCAACAGGUGGAAAAAACGUGGACUUUCACUGGUGCCAACACGAUUUGGUCUUGUUUGGCGGAGUGGCUACUUUAAUGUGUUUGUAGCUAUCUACCACAGCGAUGGCACUAUUGUUAUUGAACAUGGUGGCAUAGAAGUUGGACAAGGUAUCAACCAAAAGGUGGCCCAAGUGUGUGCCUAUGAACUAGGGGUGCCACUGAACCUUAUACGUGUUCAGAAGGGAUCUUCGGUUACCAAUGCCAACUCAAUGACCACAGGUGGCAGCAUCACGAGUGAACUGAACUGCUUGGGUGUUGUGAAUUGCUGUGAGCAGCUCAAAGAACGCAUGGCUCUUGUCCGCCAGAAGAUGAAGAAUCCAACAUGGCAGCAGCUAGUUACGGCCUGCUAUCAGCAGGGUGUGGAUCUUUGUGCCAGAUUCAUGACUAAUCCUCAGGAUAAAUAUGACUGCCACUACAAUGUUUAUGGGGCAGCAGUGACGGAGGCAGAGAUAGAUGUUUUGACUGGACAAUCACAGCUCCUGCGCUGUGACAUCCUCUUUGACUGUGGUGAAAGCAUAAAUCCUGAGAUAGACAUUGGACAGAUUGAGGGGGGAUUUGUUAUGGGACUUGGGUAUCACCUGACAGAGAAGAUGAAAUAUGAUCCAGACACAGGAGUGGCCCUCACUGCUGGGACAUGGGAAUACAAACCUCCUAUGGCAAAGAAUUUGCCGAUUGAUUUUCGCUUGGAUUUACUCAAGAAUGCACCUAAUCCAAUGGGUGUCCUUGGAUCUAAGGGUUCUGGUGAGCCACCUUUAGUGAUGUCCUCUUCUGCCCUGUUUGCCAUCAAACAUGCAGCUGAGGCUGCUCGAGCUGAGAUUGGACAAGAUGUCUUCUUUUCUCUUAAUUCCCCAAGUUUGGUAGAAGAUGUUCAAACAAUAUGUUUGCUGGAUGCUUCUCAGAUGCUUUUCAGCUGAACAUCUAGUUUCCAUAUCAAUGCUGUUCAAAUGGCUUUGUUACUGUUUGGCUCAACAACGUUGCUCAACAACAAAUUCCUCUCUGGAUUCAUUAUGUGCUACAUACUAAAUUUUCCCUGGAGAUGAUUUGUAGUAACAAUGUAUAGUGUAUAGCAAAUGUGUAUGUAUAAAAAAACAAAAUGACUAAUCUGUCUUUCAUGCUUUUUGUAAUCAGACAUUGCAACAAGAAACCAUGUGAUACUGACAUUUGAUGUGUGUGUGUGUACAAAUGUAUAUAUCAAUCUAAAUCUGUGAAUCUUUCUCUCUAUAUACAUAUGCACAUUUACAUUCAUAAGCACACAUCACUCCACUGAUUUUUGAUGGCAGUGCUGUGACUUGCUCUUGUCAAGUUUCUCUCUUGCCACACCUCUACCUCCCUUUUUUAUACCCAACAGGAGGGCCAUUAUGCCAUGGGUACCCAACCAUAUUGGUGGGAUCCAUCUAGCAGAGGUUGGGUGCAGUCCUGUCCAUCCUCUCUGGACCACAAACUUGCACUCUAAUUAGUGCUGCUGGCUGACCAGUCAGCCUUCAGCUGGUAUCUUACACCAGACUCUACCACACGAUGACUUGUAUCUCUUGAAUGGUAUUAACUGCUCACAUGAAGAGAAUUAGCAUCUCGUGAUGAACUAACCCAACGAAGAAUAAAGAUUUGCAUGAUCAUCAGCAUUGAACUUGGCAUUUUGUUGUGGACAAAAUACUAAUAUACAGUUUAUUAUAACUACUUGUUGUAAAAUACUCCUCUUACAGGUUUAUAUGUGGCCUACUUUUGCUUACAUUUUAAAGAAUAACAUACAGGAUUAGUGAGUCGUAUUUUUCCUUAAUAACCAUUAUAGUUUAGUAAGACUGUUGGAGAGUUCUAUUUUUGUGUAAACAAUCUUAAUUUUUUGUUUAUCUUGGUGCCAGCUUUUAAAUGGCUAGAAUGAAAAUGAACAGAAAGAGAUAUAGCCUGUUUAAGGAGCAGAUCAUGAGUUGUAUAUUCACACAUGGUAUGCUUACUGUGACCAAAGAUGAGUAUGUUUGUAAUGACCAGAGACUAACAGAAAUUGUGGACCUGCUGUAUGAAGUUGCCAAUGUCCAAAUUUUUGGACUAUGUAAAAAGUGCAUUUAAAAGAUUUUUUGUUAAUAAUUGAAAGGUUGUAAUGACUAAAAAAUGUCUAACUUGUAAUAUUAGAAAGAUUACUUUUGAAUCAUGUGAAAAUCUUGAACUGAUUAAUGUGGCUUAACAUCUGAUGAGUAUGAAUUGUCUGUUAGCGGUGGCAUAUAAACAUCUGUUAGGCAUAUUUUGUCAUGGCAGAUGUCGACAGAUAGACAUGUUGGGGGGUUUGUUUUUUUUUCUUGCUGUGACAGGGGUAAUGUUGAUCAUUGUCUUAUGCAUUCAGAGAUUUAAAGGGAGUGUUCCUUUUUUGUUUAUAUUUUGUAACAAUCAUGUUUUCAUUACUUCUUGCCACAAAUUCUUUCAAGCUUUUCCAGAUAUUAAUAGAAUUAUAGUAUAUUGUAUUGAGACAUAUACUCAAAAUGUAUCUUUCCUAUACCUUUUGCAUUUUGUUUUAAAAUUUAGUAAUCCAGAGUUAUGUAUGUGGGAAAAUAAGUAUUAUCAUAUCACCAUCUUUACCAGAUGAAGAUAAACUGUUUGUGGUAUGACCAUUUAAAAAGGUGAGGAAAGGAGAAGGUUGCGGAAGGAAUAUCCUACUAUUCAAGGAAUAGUUUCACAUGUUUCUAAAAGUUAAAACUUCCUAAAGUCCUAAAAUUGUGUUGUGCACUGCACAGUAUUUCUAUAAAGAUGAUUAUCUAAACAGAUUUAGGGUCUAAAAAUAUUUAAACUUUAAUAUAUGUUGUGUGACUGGAUUGAGUUUUAUCUUUUGGAUUCUGCUUAAACUUUUUUUGUUGUUCUUGUUGUUAAAUGUUGCAAUAUGCUAUUCAAACUUCUGCAGGCAAUCAGCAUUCAUCUUCUUGUCUCAGUCACAUCUUUGUUUCUACGGGUUUAUUGUGGCACUAUUGAUAACUAUGUGGAAGUUAUAGCCGAUCUAAGUGUUGUGGGAUUAAAUAUACCACAAGGAGGAGGAAAUUUUCUCAUAAAAAUAAUUGAAAAAGAGUUCCCAACUAUUCAGAUAUUCAUGUACAUCUUAUUUUCUUUACCACCCUUUUAUCCUAUACUCAGGAUGUUGCAUAUAGAAGUGCCAUCAAAGCUGGCUCAAGUGCAGCAAAAAAUGUAUGCUCUAGGUGGUCUUUAACCAGCUGCAUGUACGAUGAAAGUUAUAUCAAGCUUUUUACUUUAACACUUGCAAAUUACAUACUUUAGUCCAACUAAAAGUAUGGUCUAAAAGCAAGAUUGAAAAGAUUGUGAUAUUACAUACAACCUCAAUUCCCAACUGUCAUUCUCAUAAAUCACUGUUUUGCUUUGAGGUAACUUGGCAAAUCAUUAAUGUUUUUAGUUACCUGUGAUAAAAAUUAGUAAUUAAAAAUAACAGUGUAUUAAAUUACUUAAUGAUAUUACCUAAACCACCACAGAAAGGGUCUGGAAGAAUUUAACUCGGAUAUGCUAAAUACUCAAAGUUUUGUUCAUUCAUUCAUGAAAUUAUCUCAGGUUUUUGACAGUGAUUUUGUAGCAACCAAAAGGUUUUCCUUUGAGCUAGAAUUUUGAAGCAAAAACUGUUAUAUUUGCAUUUCUAAGCGAAAAAGAGUAGUUUUGAAACUGCAAAAGUGAUGCCUAUUGUAAAAGUAUACUAUUUUGUAUUGUAUGUCUUGUAUGUUUCCAUUAGAUAAUUAGAGGUAUAUUGUUUUGACUACUCUUGGGUCAUAAAUAUUGUCUUAUCU